AUGGGCAACCCUGCGUCUCAUCACCGCCGCGCCCCUAGUGUGUGCGACCCUGUGCCUCAUCAUCAACGCGCCCCUAGUAUGGGCGACCCUGCGUCUCAUCACCGCCGCACCCCUAGUGUGUGCGACCCUGUGCCUCUUCACCGCCUUGCCCCUAGUGAGUGCGACCCUGCGGCUCAUCAUCAACGCGCCCCUAGUAUGGGUGACCCUGAGUCUCAUCACCGCCGCGCCCCUAGUGUGUGCGACCCUGCGCCUCAUCAUCAACGCGCCCCUAGUAUGGGCGACCCUGCGUCUCAUCACCGCCGCACCCCUAGUGUGUGCGACCCUGCGUCUCAUCACCGCCGCACCCCUAGUGUGUGCGACCCUGUGCCUCAUCACCGCCGCACCCCUAGUGUGUGCGACCCUGCGUCUCAUCACCGCCGCACCCCUAGUGUGUGCGACCCUGUUGUGUGCGACCCUGUGCCUCAUCACCGCCGCACCCCUAGUGUGUGCGACCCUGUGCCUCAUCACCGCCGCACCCCUAGUGUGUGCGACCCUGUGCCUCAUCACCGCCUUGCCCCUAGUGUGUGCGACCCUGUGCCUCAUCACCGCCGCACCCCUAGUGUGUGCGACCCUGUGCCUCAUCACCGCCGCACCCCUAGUGUGUGCGACCCUGUGCCUCAUCACCGCCGCACCCCUAUAUAUGCGACCCUGUGCCUCAUCACCGACGUGCCCCUAGUGUGUGCGACCCUGUGCCUCAUCACCGCCUUGCCCCUAGUGUGUGCGACCCUGUGCCUCAUCACCGCCGCACCCCUACUCGGCACCGUCGCCCAUGAGAUCGGCCACGCCAUUGGGUUCGUGCACGAGCAGAGUCGCCCCGACCGUGACGGCUAUGUGGUCAUCAAUUAUGGCAACAUCCAAACUGGCAAGGAACACAACUUCAAUAAGUACAGCACGUCAGUGGUCAACACCUACGGCAUACCAUACGACUACUCAUCCGACAUGCACUACGGCUCUACAGGUUUCAGCAACAACGGCAGGUCGACCAUCACCACCCUAUAUCCCUUGGCGCAGGAGCUCAUCGGCCAGCGCACGAGACUCUCUCACAGGGACAUACUAUUGGCCAACACCAUGUACGGCUGCAUCGAUAAGUGGCUUGCUGUCUGCGGACUGAGCGCCGACCCCUGCCAGAACGGCGGGUUUUAUGGAAAAAGCUGCGCUUGCGUGUGUCCCUCGGGCACCUCAGGGGCCAACUGUGAGACAGUGACGGGCGACUACUAUGACGAGUUGACGAAUUCCUGCACUGAGAAAAUAACUCAGGAAGGCACCCUCACCUCGCCGGGCUAUCCAAGCAACUACCCAAAGAUCAGGUGUGUCAAGUGGAUUGAAGCUCCCGUGUGCCACGUGCCCAGACUGACUUUCUCAGACUUUUACCUGUACGGAGAGAAUCCCUACUGCGGCUCAGCUACAGAGACGUGCUGCUACUUUGAUGGUCUGGAGAUCAGAACCGACAACUUGUACGACGGCGAAGUGUAUUGUGGCGCGGACAUCACUGCAGGCCAGACCUUCACCGGAACCGGUCGAGAGAUGAUUUUAUACUUCAGGGCGAUAUUUAAUAAUACUCGCAGGGGAUGGUCUGCCGAAUUAACUUUUGUGCCGCAACAGGGAUGCACAAGCACAACUACAGAACCCACCACCACGACCACCACAGCAACAACCACCACUACAGAACCCACCACCGCCACCACCACCACCAGCCCACCACAACCCAGAUGCUUAACUCAGGAAUUCAACGGAGUGUUCUACUGGUCCUCCCCUGGCUUCGGCAUCACCAAAUACCCGAAUAACUUCAACUGCGCAGUGAUACGAUCUUUGACGAGAUCCAUGUUGACGCUGAAACUGGAAGCCUUCACGCUGCAGGGAGGGAAGAGCUGUGUGGAUGGCGUCGAGUUCACAUUCUUGUACAAUCGAACUACAACGUUGUGUGGAUCUCAAUCCGGGAUAGUCUUUACAUCGCCAUCUUUCAAUUUCAUCGGGAGAUUCUUCACCAACUCCGCGGAGACCUAUCAGGGCUACAACAUCUCCUUCACGCCUGCAACCACGAGCUGUCACCAGAUAAUCACGGCAGCUGUUGGUCAAACUGGAACAAUAACUUCCCCUUCAGCAGAAAAAUACUGCGAAUACCGAAUCCAGGCUCCUUCUGGAAGUCGCGUGCAGGUCGAUGAAGUUACAUCCAGAAUUCAAAGUACAAAGAACUGUAGAAAAAACUGGCUUCUGCUGAACGGCAGGAGUGAGGAGAUGUACCCGUCAAACACCAGCUUAAUUAUUUGCGGCAAGAAGACAGUGUCUUCACCGCUGACAUCCGAGACCAAUGAGAUGUACGCAGCUUACCAAGGCACCAGCACCAGAAGCCGCGGGUUCACUCUCAAGUAUACCAUCAUCUGAGUCAAACGUUCCUUGAUUUUCACGCUCACUCCGUGGACGAUGCAACCACUACUCCAAUGUAUCUGUACGGCCACGAAUUCAUUAUUACUAUUCUUUUCAGUUUGCCUCUCGCCCACGAUGUUUCUUUGUUUAAAAUCAUAUCACUGGUAAGUCAAGUCAGCUGAUAAAACUUAAACGAGGAACAGAUAUUAAGCUUCCCUAUAAUGCUCCACAACAACCGCCCCAAGAAAAUAAAUGUAUGCAGCAGCUAUAGGUAUCGCCCCCCCC